AUGAGCAGCAACAACAGGCACUGGCCCAAUAACAUCAACAAAACAAUCCUUAAAACUGCAGUGGGAAUUCUGUUGGUCAUUCGUCGUUCCGAUGAAGGUUAUCAUCUGUAUGAUAAAACUGAAUCCAUGAAAUCUGAAACAAGUAGUACGGUGGCAAUAGAAAGACUCGCCGCUGAAACAUUUACUAAAGUUAACGAAAUUGAUUCAAGAGAAUCCUGUAGUGCAGCCAAUAAUUGUAAACGUGUAAACCUCACUUUGUUGAGCAAACCCCAAAGUCAUGCGUAUGUUGUCGAUUAA